CAGAAUCCGAUAAUGAAACUAAUUCUGUUAUGUGCUCUAUUUGUGGCUGUGACGCAUGCUGCUGAUAAUAAUGACUUUAUCUCGAACGAGUCGAAUGUGGAAUACAAUGGCAAAUUCUUUUACCAUUAUGAGCUGCUCGAUGGCUCAAAAGCAACGCAGAAUGGCGAACUUAAAGAAAUCGAGAAGGAUCAAUACGGCGAGGCCGUCAAAGGGCAUUUCUCAUUUGCUGGCGAUGAUGGCAAGGAGUACGCCAUAUCCUACACAGCCGACGAGAACGGCUAUCGGCCAGUCGGCGAUCAUUUGCCAACGCCUCCGCCCACGCCAGAGUCCGUGCUGAAAACCCUCAAAUAUCUGGCAGAGCAUCCCUAUCAGCCCAGCGAGCAGAAGCCUUAA